AUGGCCCCUGAACUCCCGAACCCAGUCGAAGCCUCUACUCACGUCCUAGCCCUCCUGGACCGUCUACACAGACAAUCCGAGCACCAAGAAUCAACCUUUGACUUCUCUGCGUACACUCCCGACACAUUCCGCAGCGCCGUCGAGGACAAAUUCAUUGCCCUCGACCAAGACAAAUGUCAUGCAGUCUACCAGCUCUGCCGGGCCACCAACGCCAAGAACAUCGUCGAAGCCGGCACCUCUUUCGGCGUGAGCACAAUGUACUUGGGGCUUGCCGUCACACGCAACGUACAUGCUACGGGUGGACCAGGAGUGGUCAUUGGCACGGAACAUGAGCCCUCGAAAGCCGAACAGGCUCGUGCAUACUGGGCCGAAGCAGGGGACGAGGUCUCUCGACACAUUGAUCUCCGAGUCGGCGACCUAAGGGAAACUCUCAAGACGAAUCUCCCCCAGAUAGAUCUUCUGUUACUUGAUAUUUGGACACCGAUGGCUCUCCCGGCGCUGCAACUGGUCCAGCCAAGACUUCGGUACGGCGCUGUGGUGAUCGUCGACAACACCAUCGGAGCUGCUAAGGGAUAUAGAGAUCUUCUCGCACACAUGAGGGCGCCUGGUAGUGGCUUUAUCAACUUGACACUGCCUUACAAUAAAGGUCUAGAGAUGAGUGUGUAUGUUCCAACCCAACAGUAG